AGUAUUUAUACUCCGCUGUUGCUUAUAAAUCCAAACAUUUCUGCAUAUUGCAGCUAAAUAUCAGUUAAAACAAUAUGAUUUAUGAUUUAUUCUGCUAGCAUGGAUCUGUCCCUCUUCUGACAUACGCUCAGGGUCUUAUUGUGGUAAAAUGUUUUUUCUUCAGCCUGCUAGGAUGUUCAUGUUAGCAUUGUUGGUGGAUCGUGUAAAGAAAAUAAACUGAUAAAAUGAUGAAUGUGCUCGGAUCUGUACGCACCGUCUAAGAAGAACACCGGUGAUGUGAGCAGAUUAUUGGACUGACAAAAUACAGAACAGGAUGUAGGACCGUGUGGCUAAAACCAGAUGUGAAACAGCAGCACUUGUCCUCAGAGCGCUGGAGGGAGUGUGUGAGAAAUGGCCAAACUCCUGUCUACAUUUCUUCUACAGAUGCUGUUUGGUUUCUUUACACCGUGUCUCCUUGAGAUCGCUUCAACUGAUCAUUCAUCUGUCCCUCCUGGAGAGAACAUCACCCUGCUCUGUAACAUCACUAAUUAUUCUGAGAUAUCGUGGUAUCGACUGAGAUCUGAGGAGGUGAAGCUGCUGAUAUCUGCUGAAGAAUUAAAGCUGGAGAAAACCGUUUUCCUCCGUUAUAAUGUGAACAAGAGUCACUUUGAUAUAACAGAAAGCAGCAGUUCAGUCAGUUUAGUGAUUAUUGGAGUUAGAGAGACAGAUCUGGGAUUUUAUUUCUGUGGAGGUCGAAACAACGCAACACACAUUCAGUUUGGGAAACUCAUCAGACUGGACUUUACAGCUGAUCAGCAUCAUGAGACUGAUCGUUCAGACACACAGCAGUCUGUAGGUCCUGCACUCUGUGGAAUUAUUAUUAUAAUCCUAUUAUGUGUGUGUGCGGUCUUUGUUUCAAUAAGCAUCAUCUGCUCCUCUCUGUACUGUUCCACGCUACAAGAUAAGUGUUCUUCCACUGGGGACUCAAACGAGAAGGAAGUGGACCUGCACCUGUCUGAUUUGACCUCUGUGACCUACACAAGUGUCUCCUGACGGCCCAGAAAUCAUCAGCAGCAUGAGGAUCAGAAUCAGCAGAGAACCUGCUACGAUCCCAUCGACCUCGCAUACAUCAAGUACUCACUAAUAAUCCGUGUGGUCUGAAGAUUAAUGACUUCCUGUUCCGCCCCCAAAAGCAUGUUAUCUGGGUGAUUCCCCAACUGUGCCGUCAUUCAGCUCUCGUAACUCUUAAACUUCAAUUUUUAAAAUAAUUGUUCAACAAUGAAUCGAGGAAAACGUUCAUUUAACUAUUCAAAAAUGUCUUGACUUCAAACAACAACAACAACAACAAAAUAUUUACAAGGAUUCUUUGGUACAUUUUUCUCUUAAAAGAGUUCCAAGGUUAAAAGUAGUGAUGUUAAAGCUUCAUGAAGAGUUGAAGCAUUAAAGGCAGAUGUGUUGAUGUUUGUUUCUUUGGGCUAUAAGUGACACUAGAGCUCUAGUGGUUAAAAGACUUUAGUCCUGUGUAACAUGUAACACUGCACUGUGUGUACAGGCCAAUACGAAGUAAAUGACUGAUAUAAUCAAUAUCAAAUAAAUGAAUUCCUGAAGGUGAAUUACUGUGUUUAUUUUACUCCAGACAAAAGCCCAAAGCUUUAUAUAAACACAUGUGAAACGUGGACAGAGACGUGCUGCA